AUGAGUCAGUGGAAACAAAUCCAGCAGUUAGACAUCAAGUUUCUUGAGCAGGUGGAUUAUUUUUACGAUGAUAAUUUUCCGAUGGAGCUGCGACAGGUGCUUGCCACCUGGAUUGAGAGUCAGGACUGGGAGACAGCUUCAAAUCACGAGUCCAUGGCCACUGUUCUGCUAAACAACUUUCUGAUCCAGUUGGAAAGGAAGUGUUCUCAGGAACAAAACUUUCUUCACAGACACAACUUGAAGAGAAUAUAUCAGCAGAUACAGCUGAAGUAUAAAGCUAACCCUGUCCAAAUGGCCAUUGUCAUCUCCAACUGCCUGAAAGAGGAGAGACGCAUCAUAUCCAUCGCCAGCGUGCAGGAGCAGGGUCCACUGGAGAAGGCUAUGCAGAACUCGGUAGCCUUUGAGAGGCAGAAGAAUCUGGACAACAGAGUUGCUGUGAUCAGAAGCAGCGUGCAGAUGAUGGAUCAGGCAGUGAAGUUCCUGGAGGACAUGCAGGAUGAUUUCGAUUUCCGCUACAAAACGCUCCAGUCUCGAGACCCACUGGAGAGGAACACCCAGACCAUGACUCAGGAGGUGGCCGCACUGCAGGAGAUGCUCAACCGCCUGGACUUUAAACGGAAGGAAAUUUUGUCGAAGAUGGUGGAUGUUAUUAAGGAGAUUGAUACGAUGAUGACCUCUCAGCUUCACCCAGAGCUGAUGGAGUGGAAACGGAGACAGCAAAUCGCCUGCAUCGGAGGUCCGGUGCUAACUGGACUGGACCAGCUUCAGAACUGGUUUACGAUGACCGCGCAGAGCCUGUUCCAGAUCAAAAGGCAGUUGGACAAACUGGGUGAGCUGAUUCUGAAAGUGACGUAUGAGAGCGACCCUAUCCCCCUUCAGAAACCCCAGAUGGAGGAACAGGUCAAAUAUCUCAUUUAUCACCUCAUCAAAAGCUCUUUUGUGGUUGAAAAACAGCCGUGUAUGCCAACGCAUCCUCAGAAACCCCUGAUUAUCAAAACUCAAGUACAGUUCACCACCAAGGUCAGGUUGCUGGUUAAACUACCAGAGGUGGAUUAUCAGCUAAAAGUGAAGACGACCUUUGACAAAGACCUACCCCCAGGCAGAGUGAACAGGCAGUUCUUCAUCUUAACCAACAACACCAAAGUCAUGGAUGUGGAGGAGUCCUCCAACGGCUGUCUCUCAGUGGAGUUCAGACACUUGCAGCUGAAGGAGAGGAAAUACAUAAAUGGAACUAAAGGAAAUGAGGGUCCUCUAACUGUGACGGAGGAGCUCCACUCUCUCAGCUUUGAGGCUCAGUUCUCCAUACAGGGCAUGGACAUUGACCUGGAGACCUGUUCCCUACCCCUGGUGGUCAUCUCUAACGUCAGUCAGCUCCCCGGAGGCUGGGCUUCGGUCAUUUGGUACAACCUGCUGACAGACGAACCCAAGAACCUGGCGUUCUUCAGUAACCCCAUACGUGCCAGCUGGAGCCAACUCUCUGAGGUCCUCAGCUGGCAGUUCUCCACGUUUGCCGGCAGGGGACUGAACAAGGAGCAGCUAAGCAUGCUGGGAGAUAAACUUUUGGGUCCCCAUGCUUCAUACAAUGACUGCCAAGUGUCUUGGUCCAAGUUCUGCAAGGAGAACAUUGCUGGAAAGCCGUUUAGUUUCUGGCAGUGGUUGGACUCCAUCCUGGAGCUCAUUAAAAAACACUUGCUUCCGGUUUGGAUUGAUGGCUACAUCAUGGGUUUCGUGAGCAAGGAGACGGAGCGGGCGCUGCUGAAAGAGAAAGAACCGGGAACGUUCCUGCUCCGCUUCAGCGAGAGUCACCUGGGAGGUAUCACCUUCACCUGGGUCGAACAGGGAGAAAACGGGGAGCCAAAGUUCAUUUCCGUGGAGCCGUACACCAAAACUCGCCUCAGCGCUCUUCCGCUGGCCGACAUCAUCCGGGACUACAAAGUUAUAGCCAACGGCACGGUUCCAGAGAGCCCACUGAAGUUCCUCUAUCCUGACAUCCCCAAAGACGAGGCCUUUGGCAAAUAUUACAACAGCGCUCAGAACAAAGUAUUCCCGUACAUCCAGACUCCCUUUAUUCCCAUUUCCCACAUGUGA